AUGAAAUCUUUCAGCAAACGUUACAGAUUGCAAGAAAUACUAUUAAACGUACUUGGUUUAUGGCCAUAUAACAAUACGAUGUAUCAACGUAUUCAAAGAAUAUUUUUCUCCAUUCUGAUUUUAUUUUCCAUACUCCUACAGAUAAAGAAAUUAAUAGAUGAAAUAAACUAUCAUUGGAAUUCAACAAAAUGCAAAGAGGAAUUAAAAAUUUUACAACAAUACUCCUACAUCACAAAAUUAUUGACUAUUAUGGUAACAGGUAUUCUAUAUUCAAGUCUGUGCAUAUUUGUAAUGAUACAAAUAUUACCCAAAUUCCUUGACAUAGUGUUACCCUUAAACGAAUCACGGCCACUUAAACUUUUGGGUUUAGCUACGUUUUUUUUCGAUCAAGAAAAGUACUUCAUACCAAUAAUGAUGCACAUGAUCAUAGCACUUUUGGUAGAAUCAUCUACCAUAAUAGCUACGGAAACAACGACCUUGUUUACAACUUUCUGCACGAGAGAGUACAGCAUGGAGCUUCUUUUAAAGAUCCUCGCAUAUAGUGUUCCAUGGUUGAGCUAUGUAUUGAGAUAUAACGUUCAUUGGUUAAAUACGAAAAAGAUGCAAGACCUGAUAGAACGAGUACGUUUCGACUGGAAUGAAUUAAGCAACGCGCAUGAACUCGAAAUAAUAAAAAAGUAUUCAGCUAUCGGAAGACUUAUUACAUUAUUUACGACAUUGUUUGCCUAUUUGGCUAUUUUUAGCUUCAUUUUAGUACAGCUUCUAUUAAAUUUUGUCCUGGACAUUGCAACGACUACAAAUGAAUCUCGUAUACGGCAUCUUACAGCCGAGAUUGAGGUUUUUAUAGAUCAACAAAAGUAUUUUACUCCACUUUUAUUGUAUAUGUUCCUUGUUGUUUUGUGUGGUAUAACUACAGUGAUAGCCAUGGAAACACUUUUGGUAGCUACCGAAACAAUUCAUAUGUCUUACACACAUCAUGCGUGCGGUUUAUUUGAAAUAGCUAGCUAUCGCAUAGAACAAACAUUGCUCAAAGAUACGAUACAAAAUAUUGCAUCUUCUUCCGAAAGAAGCUCGAUAAUAUGUCGAGGGGUGAAAAAGCUUAUAGAACAAGUGCAGUAUGAUUGGAAUUCACUAAAAAAGAAAGAGGAACUUAAAAUCAUACAAAAUCGCGCUAACAUUGGAAGAUCCUGUACAAUCAUUAUGUUACGUGAUUACAGAAUUGAAUGUAUCGUGAACAGAAGACAGACAAAUUCGUUAGUUUCUCUGGAAAAAUUUAUUAAUCAUAAAAGCAUUGUGGAGGCUGUCAAUAGUCAUCGAAACGCUAUCGAGUUCAUCGAUUCUGUCAAAUCUACUUAUUCAGUUGCCCAUGUUUUUGGCAGUCCAGUGGGCGUGGUAUCGUUAAGUAUUAAUUUAUAUCUUAUACAACAGCCGAUGGUACGCGACUCCAUUGAACACGCAAAAAAGCCUCAUAAUGAUAACGUAUCAAAGUAUGAAGACUUGCACAUUGACGAUUUGUUUUGGACUAUUCAUACCGUCUUUGGAAGGUUUUGCUGCGCUCAUCAGCAGAUCAUUAUCAUACUUUAUGGUACUUUAUUCUGUACGCUGAGUAACAGAACAUAAUAAUAUUCAACAAUCGUAAAUGAUAAAUACUAGGUUUUCAUGAAGAAAGCGUACGUCAUGUUAAAUAAAAUAUUUCUGAACCACC